AAGAAAAAGAGGAGGAGGUGGAGGUGGUGACAGCACACGAAAUGGACGGUUGGGCAUAAGCCAAUUCUGUAAUCUUCUUGUUAACACCUCCUCCUUCUUUCUCUCCCUUCUUCUUCUUCUCCUCCUCCGUUUAUCCUCAAAUUAAAAGUCAAUCAAAUCAAAUCAAAUCAAAUCCUCCAGAUGCUGUUACCAAUCAUCUUCUUCCUGAAGAUUUGAUUUCUCAUUUUCCCCUCUUUCAUAUCCCUAUUCCCAUGGCUUCUGGAUCUUACUGGUGUUAUAGUUGUAGCCGAUUCGUUUGGGUUUCCGAUUCUCUCUCUUGCCCUGAUUGCGACGGUGGUUUCCUCGAACACAUCCAAGAAACUCUCGAUUUCACACCUUCCGAUUCCUUCCACCGUCUCACCACCACCACUCAACAUCGCAGCCCCACUCGCUUCCCUCCUUCCUCCUCUUCUUCUUCGACCCCCUCCGCUUCUAUGCACGCUUCCACCGCCGAGAACAGUCCCACUCCUACCACCGUUACUCGUACCCGAAGCAAUCGAUCUCCUAAUCCCGUUAUUGUUCUCCGUGGAUCUGGUGCUCCUUCUGAUGUUUCCGAAGGUUUAGAUCGAUCUGCUUUUCAGAUGUAUUACGAUGAUGGUACUGAUUCUGGUCUUAGACCUUUACCACCGAGUAUGACUGAGUUUUUGUUAGGUUCUGGAUUUGAUCGCUUGUUAGAUCAGAUCUCUCAGAUCGAGCUUAACACCAAUCGGAUUCAUCGUUCUUGUGAACAUCCUCCGGCUUCUAAAUCGGCCAUUGAAGCUUUACCUCUGAUUGAAAUCGAUCUGACUCAUCUCGAAUCGGAUUCUCAAUCUCAUUGCGCUGUUUGCAAAGAGAAUUUCGUUUUGCAAUCAUCUGCUCGUGAGAUGCCGUGUAAUCACAUCUAUCAUCCUGAUUGUAUCCUUCCUUGGCUUGCGAUUCGAAACUCUUGUCCGGUUUGCCGUCAUGAGCUACCGGCGGAGGAUCUCACCGACGCAAGCGGUGCCGCUUUGACUGUUACCGCUACUGCAGAGGAAGAGGAAGACUCCGCGGCGGGGUUGACGAUUUGGAGGUUACCAGGUGGAGGAUUCGCGGUAGGGAGAAUCCCUGGUGGUUGGAGAGGAGGUGAUAGAAUGAUGCCGGUGGUUUACACGGAGGUUGACGGUGGAAGACUCGGCGAUGAGAGACUUCCGAGGAGAGUAGCUUGGGGUUCGAGAAGAGGAGGAAGAGAUGGAGGUAGUAGAGAGAGAGGUGGCGGGUUUGCGGGUCGGAUCAUGAGGCUUUUUGGGUGUUUUAGUGGGUCAUCUGGAUCCAUAGCUGCUGCCGCUGCAUCAUCCGGGUCCGGGUCGAGAAUUCGGGUUACCCGUAGAACCAGGUCGUUCUCUAUGUUUAGUACGGCGUCGUCUUCGUCAAGGAGACGAAAUUGGCUAGCGUGAUUACUAGAAUUAUCGUCCCCUCUCUCAAGUUAUAAUCUUGGAACUGCAGACUCAACCAAAGAUACGUACCUAGAGGCUAUAGAAGAAUCUUGUAAAGACACCAAUUAAUUUUGAGGUCAAUAACUACAAGAACGUAAAGUAAAGCAAUAAUAGAGUUUCAUACAACGCAUCUGAUGUUGCUGUCGUUUAUCGGAGACAGUCUUUGUAACUUAGCCAUUAUUUUUCAUUAAUAGAUUUGUUUAUGCCCUUUUAUGUCUCCUAUGUCAAUGCACUCUUACUCUUAUAACAAUAUUGAAAGUUGAAACUGUAA